AUGUUCAUGCAUUUGGAGGUCUUCUGCUACGUGGUGCUGCUGCUGGCCAAUAUGAACGCGUACGGAUGCUGGUCAGUGAAUAAUUUCUUGAUGACUGGACCUAAGGCGUACCUGAUCUACUCCAGCAGUGUGGCGGCCGGGGCUCAGAGUGGCAUCGAGGAGUGCAAAUACCAGUUUGAAUGGGACCGCUGGAACUGCCCCGAGAGAGCCCUGCAGCUGUCCACUCACAGCAGCCUGCGCAGUGCAAACCGUGAGGCAGCUUUUGUCCAUGCCAUCAGCUCUGCAGGGGUCAUGUACACUCUGACCAGGAACUGUAGCCUGGGGGACUUUGAUAACUGUGGCUGUGACGAUAGUAGAAAUGGACAACGCGGUGGUCAUGGGUGGCUGUGGGGAGGCUGCAGUGAUAAUGUGGGCUUUGGAGAGGCCAUCUCCAAACAGUUUGUGGAUGCUCUGGAGACGGGUCAAGACGCCCGCGCAGCCAUGAAUCUGCACAACAAUGAGGCUGGACGCAAGGCGGUGAAGGGCACCAUGCAGCGCACCUGUAAAUGCCAUGGCGUGUCUGGCAGCUGUACCACACAGACCUGCUGGAUGCAGUUGCCCGAGUUCAGAGAGGUGGGGAACUACCUAAAGGAGAAGUACCACCGGGCACUCAAAGUGGACCUGCUCAGAGGAGCGGGCAACAGCGCCGCCAGCAGAGGUGCCAUUGCAGAGACCUUCAGCUCCAUCUCACGCAAAGAGCUUGUUCACCUGGAAGACUCUCCUGACUACUGCCUGGAGAACCGCACUUUGGGCCUGGCGGGCACAGAGGGGCGUGAGUGUCUCAAGAAGGGCAAACACCUGACCAAGUGGGAGAAGAGGAGCUGUAAGAGGCUGUGUGGAGAGUGUGGUCUGGCCGUGGAGGAGAGGAGGGCUGAGACCAUCUCCAGCUGUAACUGUAAGUUCCACUGGUGCUGCGCGGUCAAGUGUGAGCAGUGCAGAAAAACAGUGACCAAGUACUACUGUGUGAAGAGGAGCAGAGGCAGAGCUGAGAGCGCCGGGGCCCGAAGGAAGAACCUCCGACUCAGGAAGAAGCACUGA